ACUCCCUGAAGGCAGCACGAGAAUCUCCCUCCAUGCUCCCACAACAGCGCCAUCCCUGCCUCGUCUGUUUCGCUGGAAGCCCCCCUAAUGCAAAAAAAGAGCCUGGUCAGGAAGGGGUUAAGGAGUUCCUAGGGUCUAGAUCGAUGCCCCCUCUUCCCCCACACGUCGCCAUGAACAAAUGAAUUCGCGGGGAAUCAAAUACCAGUUUCACAAAGGAGAACGAGUCCUGUGCUUUGAACCCGACCCCACCAAGGCUAAAGUGUUGUAUGACGCUAAGGUCCUUGAUGUCUUGAUAGGCUCAGAUGAACAUGGAAGAAGAGUCCCAAAGUACCUGAUUCACUUCAACGGUUGGAACAGGAGCUGGGAUCGGUGGGCUGCUGAAGAUCAUGUCCUAAGGGACGCUGAAGAGAACCGUAGAUUGCAACAUAAACUGGCUCGCAAAGCUCUAGGUCGCAUGAAGAAAAAGGGAUGGGCCAAGCGGCGGCGUCGUCAGUCUGGUACUAAAUCUUCUCUGAAGACUCUCCCAAAGGAGGACGACAGUGAUGACGCAUGUUUGAUUUCAUCGUCAGACAGUAGUGACGGGGACGACUCUGACCCUGAAUCUUCUAAUAGCGGGGAAAGCACCUUCUCAGAGGACAUCAACAAAAUGGCUGAUUUGUUUCAGAGGGUUGAGCCGGACAUCAGCGUCAAAAGGGAAACCGAGGAGAAGAUCGUCCACGUCCACGUCGACAUCAACAUCCCGGACAUCCUGAAGAAGAAGCUGGAGGACGACUGCUUCUACAUUAACAAGAGGAAGAAGCUGGUGAUGGUUCCCUGUCAGACAAACGUCGUGCACAUCCUGGAGUCCUACGUGAAGCACUUCGCCAUCAACAAGGCGUUCAUGGCCAACGAGAGGUACAGGCGACAGCAGAGCACGACGCAGAGCAGCAGCCCUCAGCCGAUCCCUCCAGAGAAGAGCGAGGAGUUAUGUAAGGAGAUGGUCGACGGCUUGAGGAUCACGUUCGAUUUCACCUUACCCAUGAUCCUCCUCUACCCCUGCGAACAAGCCCAGUUCAAGAAGGUCAGCUCCUCCCGGCUCUUCCUCGCCGUCAAUGAAAGCUCCCCGUGCUCCAGCAGCGCCCAAAGAGAGCGCAGCCCAAGCCCGCCGGGACACAACCCCCCCACGCCACAGUCCACAGACAGCCAGCCAGCGCUCAGCGACAUAUCCGCCACCACACCCACCGCUCCAGCUCCAACCCCGAAGCGCCGGCGUCACCCGGACAUGGACUGCAUCUCGUAUCAGUCGCAGUCGCUGAGACGCUCCACCAGGAACACGUCUGGAGGCGACCGGCCGGCUGAAGGAAGCAGUGGAGGUGGAGGCAGCGCUACAGCUUCCCCGCAGCUUAAACGGCGUUUAGUCGACACGUCAUCGCAGCCCAAGUUCUUCCUCAACCUGGAGAGAAAAACCCCGGUGCACAGCGGCUCAUCUUCCCCGCUGCCCCUGACGCCCAGCAAAGAGCGGAGCGGGCCUUUCUACGGCCUGGAGAGCCGGAGGAACAACGAGCUGAACGAGGUUCUGAGCUGGAAGCUGACUCCGGACAACUACCCUCUGCACGACCAGCCUCCUCCACCCUCCUACUUGUACGGCGCACAGCACCUCCUGCGACUCUUCGUCAAGCUCCCUGAGAUCCUCGGGAAGAUGCAGAUCCCGGAGAGGAACCUCCGAGCCCUGGUCAAGCAUCUGGAGCUCUUUCUCAGCCAUAAGAACAAAAUGUCCGGCUGGCCGCCCCCUGGCCCAGGCUCCUGGAGCGGACUGCAGGGGCCUCCGUACAGCUGGGAGAGCAUGAACAGCAGCAGGGAGGGACAGCACUUCCUCACCAACCAAGUGUCCACGAGCAGCUCCCUGGAGGAGGUCCACCUGGACGGGGUCCCUCCCGCCCCUCGCCUGGUGGAGAUGAGACGGGAUCCGGUUCUGGGCUUCGGCUUCGUGGCAGGGAGUGAGAAACCGGUGGUGGUCCGCUCCGUCACUCCAGGUGGUCCGUCAGAGGGGAAGCUGCUCCCGGGCGAUGAGAUCAUCAUGAUCAACGACGAGCCCGUCGGUUCGGCUCCCAGAGAGCGAGUCAUCGACCUCGUCAGGAGCUGCAAAGAGUCCAUCGUGUUGACUGUUGUCCAACCGUAUCCUUCCCCUAAAUCAGCGUUCAUCAGUGCAGCCAAAAAAGCCAUGCUCAAGUCCAAUCCGGUCAAAGUGCGCUUUGCAGAGGAGGUCAUUAUAAACGGCCAGGUUCCAAACCCGGUGAAGGACAACUCUCUUCUGUUCAUGCCAAAUGUCCUGAAGGUCUACCUGGAGAACGGGCAGACCAAGUCUUUCCGCUUCGACUGCAGUACCUCCAUCAAGGACGUGAUCCUGACCCUGCAAGAGAAGCUGUCCAUCAAAUGCAUCGAGCACUUCUCCCUGGUGCUGGAGCAGAGGGAGGAAGGCUCCGGGAGCAGACUGCUUCUCCUGCACGAACAGGAGAUGCUUACUCAGGUGACUCAGAGGCCCGGCUGUGACAAGAUGAAAUGUUUCUUCAGAGUCAGCUUCAUGCCUCGGGACCCCGUGGAGCUGCUGCGGAGGGAUGCGGUGGCGUUUGAAUACCUCUAUGUACAGAGCUGCAACGACGUGGUGUUGGAAAGGUUCGGCCCGGAGCUGAAGUACGACGCCGCGCUGAGAUUGGCCGCCUUGCAAAUGUACAUCCUCACGAUGACGACGAGGCAGACUCAGAAGGUGUCGCUCAAAUACAUCCAAAAGGAGUGGGGUCUGUCGCUGUUCCUGCCUCCCGUCGUGCUGUCCAGCAUGAAAGAGAAGAACAUCAAGAAAGCUCUGACGCACAUCCUCAAAACCAACCAGAACCUCGUGCCUCCAGGGAAAAAACUGACCGCUUUGCAGGCCAAGGUGCAUUACCUGAGGUACCUCAGUGAACUCCGACUGUACGGAGGGAGGGAGUUCAAAUCCAUACUGCUGCAAGGGGAGAAGCAGACGGACGUGACGCUGCUCGUCGGCCCUCGCUACGGCAUCAGUCACGUCAUCAACGCCCGGACCAACCUCGUGGCCCUGCUGGCCGACUUCAGCCACGUCAACCGCAUCGAGAUCCUCACCGAGGACGAGACCAACGUCCGGCUGGAGCUGCACGUUCUGGACGUGAGGCCCAUCACGCUGAUCAUGGAUUCAAGCGAAGCCAUGAACCUGGCCUGUUUAACAGCAGGGUACUACCGCCUCCUAGUGGACGCAAGGAGGUCCAUCUUCAGUGUGCCACACUGCAACAGCACCGGGGAUGAUAUCAGUCAGGAUCGGGUCCUGGAGUGGCCGUACAGCACAUCUCUAGGCUACAACGAGGAGCAAAUCCAGGGAGAGGUCUACAACAGGGACUCGCAGUAUUCUGACAACGGGCAGAGAGAAAACAACAUCUCUCCGUACUUCCAUGAACCCCAAAACCCUGACAGAGACCUCAGGGGGCGAGGAAGUCCUGUCCCUCCUCCUCUCCCUCCUGCGACCAGACACAAAACUCAAGACUCGCCCCGCAGCGCCAAAGUGUCAUUUAUAUUCGGGGGCGACCCACCUUUGACUAAACCGAAGAACUUGGGCUACGAACGACUGUUAGAGAGCCCCGAGGGGCCGGACCACAGACCGCCCUACUUGCACAAUAACUCAGACUUCCGGGGACAGGACAGGGUGCCGUUUCAGUUCAGCGGUCUGACUCACGUCUACAGUAACAUCAUAACGGAGGAGGGCGCAGAGGAGCCGGUGCUGAGGGAUCUUUUUUAUCGAGACACGACAGACGACGCAGAGGACGACGACGACGCCUCCUGUGAGGAGGACUCCACAGGGGGGACGCCCGUCUGCGAGGACCGAGAGGGCGGAGGUGAGAACUGCGGGCACCAAAGCGGAGGGUUAGCCACGGCAGCCGGCAAAGCCACCUUCCUGAAGAUCUCCGGCUCCACCGACGACAUCAUCGACCUCACGUCGCUGCCUCCUCCCGAAGGAGACCAAGGCCUUGACGAGGACGAGGACGACACGCUGCUGGAGACGCUGAACCUCGCCAUCGCAGCGCCGCCGCCGGGGUUCCGGGACAGCUCGGACGAGGACACGGCACCGGAGGGGAGGCCGCUGAGCACGCACGACAACGACGACAUCCCGGUGUCGUUGAUUGACGCCGUUCCGACGCACGGGGAGGCGGAGGGGAGCAGGGCCGGGGAGAGGAGGCUGGAGAACGCGGUAGUGCAUACUCUGCAGGCGCUGGAGGCUCUGUCUGUGUCUGAACAGAGGCCUCCGCCGCCGCCGCCGCCCCCAAACCAUCAUCAUCAUCCAGGUGCCUACGCCUCUCGGGGCUUCAGCCCGGAGCCCUCCUCUGAUUCCGGCAACGAGACCAACUCCUCCGAGAUGACGGAAAUCUCCGAACUUGCUGCUACUCACCGGCUCAGCGAGAGCCACAUGCGUCUCCUGGUCGCCACGAGAGAAGGGUACCAACCUUUGCUCGAGGAGAAAACCGAAUUCCCCGUCUCGCCCAGCACCACCGGGACGAUACAGAAAAGACCUCGUAGUCCGACACGCCACCUUCAGCCUCCUGCGGUUCCUCCGAGACGGAGCCCUCUGCUGGACGUCCCCACCACGGGACAGGAGAGCUCGGAGAUGAGGGCCCACGCGAACCUCUCGGCCACUCUGCAGCGCCCCAGUUCAACGACACCGGGGGGCAAGCAUCACAAGAAGUCUGCAGACUCCAGCGGGAAGUACAACACCUUCAGCACAAGGGACGGGUAUCGAGGGGAGACUAGUGGGAGCCGCGGCCGGCUGGACUUGGACCAGCGCACGUCGUUCUGCGAGCGAGGGGAGUUUCAAAGACGACAGAACUCUUUUAUGGCUGAGAACUCUGCAGCAGAGAGCCUCGGGAUGAACAGCCACGCCCACGACCAUCACAGAAACCCCCGCCCCUCCUCCGCUACCUCCGAUCGGCCGUUAGAGUCCGUCAACAUGGCGGACCGUCACGCAGAUAACGGAGCCGGUGCCGCGGAUCAAGAAGAACAUCUAGUCGUAGCAUCGUUGUUGUCCCCGACCAAAAAAGCCAGAUCCGGGGGGUCCGAGCAGGGGUCGGAUUCACACAGCGACCACCCUCCUAUGUCCAGACAGCAGAGCGUUGCCCGGUUGUGCGAGUACCAUCUCGCGAAAAGGAUUUCAAACCUGCAAGGAGAGGCCCAGAGCUCCCUUCAGGGGUCUCUGUGCUCCUCUCUGGAUGCUGGAGGCAGCACAAACAGCAGUGCGUGCGCCACCCCGACAGACUCCCCUCUGGGUCCUGGUCCUUAUGAGUCAAAGCAUCACCACCUGCAAAGGCACCCUCUUUCCAGUUCCUCUUCAUCUCUGCUCAGGGUGUUUAACUACGACGACAACAAACCUGGAGUCCCUCGCGGGGUCCCCGGUCAGAGCGCUCAGGGAAAGGACCCACACCCUCACGCAGAUCCCGCCCUCCUCCGCAAAAUGCUGCCGAACAUCCACGCCCCCACUCCCGCUCCCGAACCGGCCCGCCCCUCGUCCGCAACGCCGUCAAAGCAUAAAGAGUCGACGGGUACCGGGAAGAAGGCUCACAACGAUCUGCACCCGAAACAACAAGCCAGCCUGAAGAGUCUGAACCAGAAGGAGGGCAGCGAGGCCUACAGGCAGCUGAUCAACUAUCUCACAGUGAGCCAGAUGCAUCAGGGCGGGAAGCUGCACAGUGCGGGCAUGGGCGCGGCCGUCAAAAAGGACACCAGGCGUUUCAUCACGAGCAACCCUCAGCUCGUCGAGAUGGUGAAGAACAGAGGGAACACCAUCGCCCGCUGCCCCUGCAUGCCUUCCUCUGCGUCGUCCCCCUUUCUCACCCCUAACUCUGCCCCCAUGCCGCUCGCCAAUAAGAACCAGCGGUCUUACCAUUCAGCCACACUCCCCGCCAAACUCAAGAGAAGCCCGGAGAUGCAUUCUCAGACUCUGAACGACAAUCUGGACUUCAGGCCGGGCACUUCGGAGAGGAGGAGCUCCUUCUCUGGUCUGGAGAGUGAGCUGGAGAGGAGCGGUAUGGACCAGGAGCAGUUUCUGUCCAUGUAUAAAGGAGAGGGCUGUAUCAGCCCGGACGAGAGAUUCAUGGAGGACGGGGGUAACAGCAGCCGGGCUCCACCUCGAUCAAGGAGCCAACCUAGCGGCACGACGGACGACUGGUUCCGAUCGGAACCGAGAACGAAGCACGUGGUCCGUCAGUCUUCGCAUCAGCGUCCGAGCGAUUCUCUGUGCUUCUCUACGGCCCCGAACGCGAGCGGUCAACGACCCGACUACAACACCAUGUCUCUGGGAAAAGGAGACCACCCUUCAGCUUUUAUCAGGCAGACCUCAACCGGUCCAAGGGCUUGCAUCACUUCCCCAAACCGUAACCCGCAAUCACCUCCUCCUCCCCCGCCUCCUCCUCCACCGCCUCCUCCUUGUCUGCUGCCUCUUCCCGUGCAAGCCAACACGAGCUCCAGCAACUCAGGAUGCCAACAGGACUCCACGCAGUACCGGCCCAAUCAGAACCACAUUCAAACUCUUACCCUAGCCCCAGAUUCCUUGAGCAGUAGCCUGCAGCGGGGUCGGGAGCUCAAGCGGAGCUCCAGCAACGUGACCGCCGGCUCCGGUAGCGUGGAGGUCCUGUUCGAUAAGCCCACUCGGAGCAGGAGCCAGCAGCCCUUGUCGCCGUCCGUGCCCCAGCAAGGCGAGACGAAAGUCCAGCGAAGGCAAGCGAGGAAGCGGCUCUCCAAGAGCUACUCCCAGGGCUCCGUGUCCUCCCACACCUCCUGCUGGUCCUCGGGCAGCAGGUUGGACUGCAGAAGGGCUUCCGUCGCGUUCCCGCUGCAGAAAGACGGGAAACACGUCAAGGGCUCUCAAAAACUGGACACCAGUCCCUGGAGAUGCAACGGGCCCUUCAGCUACUGCUUCUUCAAACGGAAGUGCGAGGGCGAGGAGGACGACGCGGAGUGGGAGCGGCCCAGACGAGGCCGCGGCGGUAGCGAUAUCAACACCUGCGAUAACGCCGCCGCAUCCGCCAUAUUCCCGUGCGGCGCGGCGUUGGAUGCGGCCGGGGAGCAGCUGUACGGGGAGGUCCUCAACAACAUGAGCUUCAGCGACCGUCUGGCGAGAAUCAACGCGCUCAAGGACCGCAUGUACGGCUUCCCUUCCGGCUUCACCGACGUCCGCCGCGACGCAAGCGAACUGAUCGCGCUGGUGAGGUCCAGCAUCGGGCGUUGCGACCGGGGAGCCCAGAUGCCUCUGCAGGACGUCUCCCAGUUCAAGCAGCUCCUCUCCGUGGAGUCCAAAGAGCUGGGCCGGGCGUGCCGCAGGAUGGCACAAGCCCACGGCACUCCCGAGGAGAUGCUGCUCGCCGUGACUUGUAGUUUCCAGGUGCUGUGCUGCCUCUGCGAAGCCUGCAUGUGUCUGGUGCGAGGGCUCGGAGCGUCGGCCUCGCACCAGCAGCGGGAGGUCGUGGCGAAGGUGGACGAGGUCGUCAUGAACUACAUAUGUUUGCUGAAAGCCGCCGAAGCCGCAACGGUGGGAGCGCCCGGGGAGCACAGCGUGAAAGCCCUGGUCCGCCACUCCAGCACCAUGUCGGCCAUUGCUAACGCACUCACCCGCUCCCUUAAAACGCUGCUUAGCAAGUAGAGGCUCCUCCUUAUGCUUUCUAGCGUGGCCUAAGCAGUCAGUAGAGGUCUUUGAGCAUCUUGUCACGUCUCCAGGGUCUCCAGGGUCUUCAUAUCAACAAACAUCACGCGUAAGACUCUGAGGUCCGAGCAAGAUGCCGAAAGGCCGUCCGGUCUGACUCCACUUGCCGUUUCUGAUGACACUAUUUACAAAGCCAUGCCGUCACAGACCUUUGUAUCACGACCCAAUAGAAACCCUCUUACCUGUGCAUUAUGUAUGAAAAUAAAAGAUGUAAAUAAUGUACAUUUAUAUAUAUAUAUAUAUAUAUAAACACUUGUAUGAUUUGCCGUAGCAGUUUGAAGAAGCCACAGAGUAUUCCUCUUGAUUUGCUCUGGAGUGAAUUCACCUUCAGUUCACUGAGUUCAUAAAGUGCAGUUUUAAUCCAGAUAUUUAUUAUUGCGAUAUUAAAAACUGUAGACGCGAGUCGCAGUCCGCCAGGCGAGGAGGUUUUUCUAUUCACAGGGUAAGCGUUGAAGCGAACGUGUGCGGCGUUUGGGGCACUGACGUCACGCCGCAUUCUCCACACGUGAUCGCAUAGAUUAUUUUCAGAGGAGCGAUGGUACGCUAAAUACACGUAUGAAUAAAGAUGCCACGAUAUUCACGGUUUAUAAUAUUUCAGAUUGUAUAAAUUAUUUUUAAGGCUUUGUGUUUUAUUUUCAUCUGUUUUGAAAUGAGUUCUGUGCUUUAAAGAUUUAUUAUUCCACAACAUGUACCAGGAUGCAGUUCUGCCUCUUGGCGUUCAUUUAUGUUGAUUUUUCUUUUUUCAGUAAUCCACCACUCUAUUAAAAACACAUUUUUACAGAUAA